AUGUUUGGUGUCUUUGGAGGUCUCUGAAUGAACUCCAGUUCUGAUUGUUCCCCGCUUUAACCACUGGGGACAGGCUGCAGAGACUCAGAGGAGGGAGGACUUCCACUGGUUCAGUUGGACUCGGUGCCACCCGGAGAGCGCACACACUGUCCAGGAUUUCCCUCGGCUCUCAUUUUUCUGUCCUCUGGAGUUAGAAACCCUCCACUGCUUCCUCCCUGCAGAUGCCUCAGCUUUGCUCCAGCUAACCGCGGCUCUCACACCCCCAGCCGGACCUUCUUCCUCCCGGAUCGAGCGCGCAGGUGGACCGGGAUGAUGGGCGCAGCCGGGUUGUUGGCGCUGCUCCUCGGCUGCUGGUGCCUCGUUGCGGCCCAGGAGCUUCCGGCCACCGGGCUGAACGGCUACAGCCUCCACCCGCCUUACUUCAACCUGGCGGAGGGCACGAAGAUCACCGCCACGGCGACCUGCGGGGAGGACGAGGCCGGCCGGAGCCUGCAGGACCUGUACUGCAAGCUGGUCGGAGGCCCGGUGUCCGGAGACCCGAGCCAGACCAUCCAGGGGCAGUACUGUGACAUCUGCAGCCAGCAGGACAGCGACCGAGCGCAUCCCAUCACCAACGCCAUCGAUGGGACGGAGAGAUGGUGGCAGAGCCCCCCUCUGUCCCGCAGCACCGAAUACAACGAGGUCAACGUUACGCUGGAUCUGGGACAGCUCUUCCAUGUGGCCUACGUGUUGAUUAAAUUUGCCAACUCUCCCCGUCCGGACCUCUGGGUUCUGGAGAGAUCCACGGACUCUGGGCAGACCUACCAGCCCUGGCAGUUCUUCGCCUCGUCUAAGAGGGACUGCAUCGAACGCUUUGGCCAGAGAACCAUCGAGAGGAUCAACAACGACAACGACGUCAUCUGCUCCACGGAGUACUCUCGAAUAGUCCCGCUGGAAAACGGAGAGAUUGUGGUGUCCCUGGUGAACGGCCGGCCCGGGGCCUUGAAUUUCUCCUAUUCGCCAGUGCUGAGGGAUUUCACCAAGGCCACCAACAUCCGGCUCCGCUUCCUGAGGACGAACACGCUGCUGGGUCACCUGAUGGGAAAGGCGCUGCGCGACCCCACCGUGACCCGCAGGUACUACUACAGUAUCAAAGACAUCAGCAUCGGAGGAAGGUGUGUGUGUAACGGACACGCUGAGGCCUGCAACGCCAACGACCCCAGCGACCCUUACAAGUUGCAGUGCGACUGUCAGCACAACACCUGCGGCGUUUCCUGUGACCACUGUUGCCCCGGGUACAACCAGUUACCGUGGAAACCUGCGACGACCUACAGCGCUAAUGAAUGCGAACCUUGUAACUGUCACCGCCAUUCCUUCGAUUGUUACUACGAUCCCGAGGUUGACCAGCGGAGAGCCAGUCUCGACAUCCAUGGACACCACAGAGGCGGUGGAGUCUGCCUCAACUGCCAGCAUCACACCACCGGAAUCAACUGUGAGCGUUGCAUCCCCACCUACUAUCGGUCGCCUGACCAUCCCAUCGACUCCCCUCUGGCGUGUCUGCCCUGUAACUGCCAGUCAGAGUUCACGGACGGCACCUGCGAGGAUCUGACCGGACGUUGCUUCUGCAAACCGAACUACACCGGGGAGAACUGUGACUCCUGCGCCAGUGGCUUUAUCAAUUUCCCACAGUGUUACCCCAUCCCCACAGAUCCCACAAACACUGACAACAACGGUGAGGCGAAACCAGCUGGAGAGAUCAUCAACUGUGAAUGCAGCGCGGCGGGGACAGUGGAUAACUCGUGCAGGCCGGACCCUCGGACCCGGACCUGCGUGUGUAAACCCGGGUUCAGCGGGGAUCACUGCGACACCUGCGCUCCGGGUUUCUACGGCCUCAACUGCCAGGCCUGCCAGUGUUCGGGUCCUGGCUGCCUGGACGGGUCAUGUGACCUGGUGACUGGUCAUGGAAUGUGCCGGAGCGGUUUCCAUGGUUACCAUUGUGACCAGUGCGCGCCUGGUUACUUCAACUACCCCCUCUGCCAACUGUGCGGUUGCAGCACAGUCGGCUCUCUCCCUGAGCGCUGCGACGCGUCGGGUCGCUGCCUCUGCAGGCCAGAGUUUCAGGGUCCGCGCUGCGAACAGUGCAGAUCUGGGUUCCACUCCUUCCCCAACUGCCAAGAAUGCUCCUGUGAUCCUCGCACCUCAUUUGGUACCAGCUGCACCGUGUCGGGUAUCUGCCACUGCCGACCCAAUUACGGCGGCGCGUCAUGUGACCAGUGCGCCCCCGGUUACUAUGGCUACCCGAGCUGCACGCCCUGCCAGUGCUCCGCCGCCGGGUCGCGGUACUCCAGCUGCGACCAGCAGACGGGGCGGUGCGCCUGCCUGCCCGGCGUGGGCGGCCUGCGGUGCGACAGCUGCGCACACGGCUCCUACGGCUUCCCCGACUGCCGAGCUGGUACCUGCCACCCAGCCGGGUCCGUUCAGUACGUCGUGCUGCCGCCUGUUGGCGAGUGUGAGUGCCGGCUUCAUGUGGAGGGCCCGGCGUGCGACCGAUGUAAACCUCUGUACUGGAGCCUCUCCCCUGACGCCGCUGACGGAUGCUCCAGCUGUGAGUGUAACAUCGCUGGGACGCUGAGUGGAGUCGCAGAAUGUGUACAGGAAACUGGCGAGUGUCACUGCAAGCCCGGCGUCUGCAGUGGAACCUGCUCCACUUGCAAACAGGGUUUCUACAACCUGCAGGCUCACAGUUACUUCGGCUGCCAGGGCUGCCAGUGUGACAUCGGAGGCUCAGUGGGUCAGUUUUGUGGCCAACAAAACGGUCAGUGUGACUGCAGACCCAACGUGGAGGGGCCAAUGUGCAACCAGCCUCGUCUGCAUCACUACUUCCCGGAUCUGCACCAUCUGAAGUUUGAGAUAGAGGAGGGAACCAUGCUGGACGGCCGGCCGGUGAGAUUCGGUUACGACCUCCUGGAGUUCCCAGACUUCAGCUGGAGAGGUUUCGCUCAGAUGUCCCAGAUCCAGUCCAGAGUUUUGGUGUCGGUGUUUGUCACCUCUCCGGACCUUUUCCGUGUGGCGCUUCGCUAUAGCAACAGGGCCGGUUCUGCUGUUUGGGGCAGAGUGUCGGUCAUAGAGGACGGCAGGAGUUACUACUGUGGUAACUGUUCGGAACAGUCCAAACAAAUCGUCUUUGCUCCGAGUGUGCAGCCGACCUUCGUCACCGUUCCCCAGAACAGCUUUGUGGAGCCGUUCGUCCUGAACCCAGGAACCUGGACUGUCGUCAUUGAAGCCGAGGGAAUCUUACUGGACUACCUGGUGUUGCUGCCCAGCGCCUACUACGAAGCUCCCAUCCUGCAGAUCAGAGUUACUGAGCCCUGCACAUACAGCUCUGUGCCUGAAAGCAGCCAGAACUGUCUGCUGUACAAGUACCUCCCUCUGGACUCUUUCCCAUCCAUCUCCGGAAACGACGCCAGCUGUCGCCAUGACAACCACCUGCCGCGGCCGUGCCCCACCGACAGGGUCACGGCGCGUCACCCCGACAUGGCCGUCUGCAGCGGGCUGGAUAUCAGCAUCGAGCUGCGGGGACGUCUGGUCUCUCCCGGAGACUACACGCUGGUGGUCGAAUACGCCAGCGAAGAAGAGCUGCCACAAACGCUGAGCGUCGCCGUCAACUCGCCUGGAGCGCCAACGCAGCGCCACCUGGUGACGCUGCUGCACUGCAAGUUCAGCUUCCUGUGUCGAGUCGCGGCGGUCGACGAGCAGAACAGGGUGGCGGUUUUCUCUCUGACCGCCGCCGCCGCCGACGUCCAGCUGUCGUCGGAGCGCGCCUCCUUCUUCCUGCACAAAGUGUAUCUGGUGCCCAAAGACGAUUUCACCAUGGAGUUUGUUGAGCCUGGACUGCACUGCAUCGGGACGCACGGACAGUUCUCCCCCGACAGCUCCUCCUGCGUCCCGUCCCGCUUCCAGACGCCGUCCGACUCUCUGGUCCUGAAGGAGGGCCAGAGCUCGUCCACUGAGGACGCUCCGGUCCAGGCGUCCCCCGCCGCCGCCCCGCCGCUCGUCCCCACCCUGAGAGACGAGCCGGUCUGGAUGGGAGACGUCCGGCCGCCGUUCGGAGCCGACAGCAGCCUCCACAUGCGCUUGGACUCGCUGCAGAAUGCAGCGGUGUACUCGGCUCGCCUCCAUGCUCUCGGCCGUUACGUCUUCAUCCUCCAUUUUCACCAGCCUCUUCAUCCCACAUAUCCAGUCCAGGUUUUCAUCAAUGGAGGCGUCAUCUGGCAGGGCCAGACCAACGCCUCGUUCUGCCCCCAUGCUUACGGCUGCAGGAACGUUCUGGUUUCGGAGAACCAGAUCAUGCUGGAUGUGACCCACCACGACGUUUUCCUCACCGUUCAGAUUCCUGCAGGCAGAACUUUGUGGCUGGAUUACGUUCUCGUGGUUCCUGAGCGGAGCUACAGCUCCAGCUACCUGAACGAAGAACCUCUGGACAAAUCGUACGACUUCAUCAGCAACUGUGGACAGAACAGCUUCUCUGUGAAUCCCGCCGCCGCCUCGCCGUUCUGCCUCAGCUCGGCGGUGUCGCUGUCGGCGUUUUUCAACAACGGCGCCAUGCCCUGCGCGUGUCACGAGGUCGGAGCCGAGAGCGACGCCUGCGAGCCGUUCGGCGGUCAGUGCCGGUGCCGGCCCAACGUGAUUGGACGGGACUGCUCCAUGUGCGCCACGGGCUACUGGGGGUUUCCCAACUGCAGGCCCUGUAGCUGCGGCACGCGGCUGUGUGAGCCGGUCACCGGGGAUUGCAUCUGUCCGCCCCGGACUCUGCGGCCCGAGUGCAUCCAGUGCGAGCCGCAGACGUUUGGCUGCCACCCGGUGGUGGGAUGUGAGAUCUGCAACUGCUCUCGGCCCGGCAUCGUCUCUCCUGACGUCAGCUGCGACACGGACAGCGGGCAGUGCAGAUGCAGGAACAACAUAGUUGGCCGGCAGUGUGACCGCUGCGCGCCCGGUUUCUAUGGUUACCCCAACUGCAGGCCAUGCGACUGCAACGAGGCGGGAACCGAGGAGGAAGUGUGCGACUCCUUCACAGGACGAUGUCUCUGCAAGGAGAACGUCCAGGGCUCCCGAUGCGACCAGUGCAGGAUCGGUACCUUCCACCUGGACCCUACCAACCCGAAAGGAUGCACCAGCUGCUUCUGCUUCGGGGCCACCGACCGCUGCCAAAGCUCGGACAAAAGACGGAUAGAGAUCAUGGACAUGGAGGGCUGGGUGCUCCUCGGGGCAGACAGACAGGAAGUACCCGUGACGGUGUAUCCUGAUCAGGAUCUCACAGAGGCCGACCUCAGUGAUGUGCCUGAUGUCUACCAGGACCUCCACUGGCACGCACCCAAGACGUACCUGGGAGACAAGGUUUCGUCUUACGGCGGUUCCCUGCGGUACCGACUUCACACCCAGACCAUGAGAGGAGACGCUCUGCCUCUGCCGGCUGAAGCCUCCCGACCCGACAUUAUUCUCAAGGGGAACCAGAUGACCCUGGUGUUUAUGGAGAGAGAAUACUCGGCGCCUGAAGACCCUCACCUGGGAAUUGUUCACAUAGUUGAGGGAAGCUUCCGUCAUUCUCGGACUGGCAACCCUGUCUCUCGGGAGGAGUUGAUGAUGGUUUUGGUCAACCUGGAGUCUCUGCAAAUCCGAGCCCUUCACUCUCAGUCGGCCCACUCCGUGUCGCUCCAUGGUGCCGUGUUGGAGGGAGCGGCGGACCUGACCUCAGGUCGCCAUGCUAACAAUGUGGAAAUCUGCAUGUGUCCGGCCAAUUACCGGGGAGACUCUUGUCAGAAAUGUGCUCCAGGUUACUACAGAGACACCAUUGGACUCUUCCUGGGAAAAUGUGUUCCCUGUAACUGUAACGGACAUUCGGACCAGUGUUUGGAUGGAUCUGGAAUCUGUCUGAGUUGUCAGCACAAUACAAUUGGAGACCACUGUGAGAGCUGCAGGGGAGGGUUCCUCAGCAACAAUAGCCUGGACGGACAGGCCGUGUCCUGCUCCAGUUGUCCCUGUCCGCUCAGGGCUCCAUCCAACAACUUUGCAGAGGGCUGCGUGCAGAGGAGUGACAGGAUGCAGUGUCUGUGCAUGCACGGCUAUGCUGGACCAAACUGUGAGAGGUGCGCCCCUGGUUUCUACGGCAACCCCAUGGUUCUGGGCAGCAGGUGCCAGCCGUGCCACUGCAAUGGCAACACGGACCCCAACAUGCUGUUCACCGACUGUCACCCUCUGACUGGAGAAUGCCUCAGCUGCAUGCACAACACGGCAGGACCCCACUGCGACAUCUGCGCUCCUGGUUACCAUGGAGACGCGAUACACGCCAAAAACUGCACCAGAUGCAACUGUUCUCCAUGUGGAACCGAAUCCUGCAACGCACACACGGGACAGUGUCGCUGUAAACCCAGAGUCACCGGACCGCUCUGUGACCGCUGCCAGGACGGGUCGUUCGGCUUCAACUUGUGCUCCGGCUGUCGUCAGUGUGAGUGCGAGGCCUCGGCGGCGCUCGUCCAGCCGUGUAACCCUCAGAGCGGUCAGUGCGCCUGCCAGCCUGGGGUCAACGGGCCGAACUGCAGGCAGUGCGCUCCCGGACACUGGGACUACGGACCGGACGGCUGCAAGAGGUGUGACUGUAACAGAGGCCGCUGUGACCCCCGGACCGGUGAGUGCCGCUGUCCAAACGGGAUGACGGGGAGACAGUGUGACGCCUGCUUGGAAAGGUACAGCAUCCCUGUGGAGGACCGGCACGGCAUGCACUGUGAAGUGUGUGACAGCUGCGUCAUCGUGCUGCUGGAAGAUCUGGAGAGAUUGGACGGCGACUUCAGCUCCGUGUCGCAGCAGCUGAGGAACCUCAACACCAGCUCGAUGGCCUGGGCUCAACUCGUCAGUCUCAACACGUCCAUACAGGACGUCGCUCGCGCCAUCGAGAGCUACAACAACACACUGGACGAAAGCAGGAGUCGGGCCGACAUGCUGGACAUGGACAUCGCGACCAUCAAAGCUGACAUUGAUGAUUUGCACAGAAAGUCAGGAGUAAUGACAGGCCGGGUCGGUCUGCUGGAGGACAGUACCUCCCACACCCACAACAAGGCAGAAGAUCUGCUGAGAUUCAUUAACAACAUCAGCAUGGACAUAAACGCAACGCUGCGCUUGGCGAACCAGUCCCGAAACGAAACGGAGGACGAUCAGGAUGUGGAGGGGCAGGAGGUGAAGAUCAGGGAGGUUCAGGCCCUACUGAGGGAGAUGAGGUACAGGAGCUGCGUGGGUCAGAAGAAACUGGCAGACAAGGAGAAAAACGAAACAGAGAAAUUAUUGGAUCGUGUUAUCAAGGAGCUGGCAAACCGUCAGCAGGAAAACGUUAACUUGACGAAGGCCAUCAGGGACCGUUUGCACCACUUCACCUCUGAAAUGAUAAACCUGCGAGACGCUCUGAACGAAGCUGUGAACAACACUGCCAGAGCCGCAGAACUAAACAGCGUCAACGAGAAAACUCUGGAGGAAAACAACAGGAAGAUCGAAGACUUGUUAAUGAAGCAGAAGGAAGUGAACGACACGCUAGAAAUGGCCGUCGCUGAUGUCACUCAAGUCAACACUGCGGUUCAGAUGCUGCAGGAGUCCAAAGAGGAAUAUGAACAUCUAGCGGCACAGCUAGAUGGCGCCAAGUCGCCUUUGAAAAAGAAGGUGCAAACAUUUGCUGCAACCAACACCUUAAUCCCCCUUGUGGAGGAGGCAGAGAAACACGCUGAGCUGCUGAAUGCCUUAGCCAUGAACUUGACCAGUUUGAUCGCAGAGACCAAGAAGGAUCCGUCUGUGGAUUUAACAAAAGCCUACAACAAUGUUGUCAAUAAUAUCACUGCAGCAGAACAUGCUGCAAAAAUGGCUGAGAAGGCUGCAAAUGACACUCUACAGAAUAUAAAGAACCAGGAUCUUGGACAGUCAGCAAGCGCUCUGAAGAACCACAGCAUGGAACUACAUGAAGAGGCCCAACAGAUGAACGAUGAACUCAACAACACCCUGAAGAGAGAGCUCGAAGAAGCUCAGACACGGCUGAACAAAGCCAAGGCCAAACACGAUCAAGCUGUGAAGGAUUUGGCAGAAAUUCAGAAAAGUCUCAACUCCACUUCAAAUGUGACUCAGGAGAUCAAUGAAGCAAAAACUGUGGCGAUAAAAGCAAACAGCACAGCCACUGACGUCAACAACAUGUUGCUCCCCAUUAAAAAGCAACUGGACCAAUGGCAACAAGCUUACGGUGACACCAACUCCACGAGCGAUGACAUCAACAAGGCCCUGAUAAACGCCAGCGAAACGGUUCAAAAGCUGGAAGAACACAUCCCGACGUUGCUGAAGAAACUUGACGAUCUGCAGAAUUAUUCCGUCCAAAUGCCAAACAUUUCUGAGAACAUCAACCGGAUCAGGCAGCUCAUUGAGGAGGCGCGCAACACUGUCAACAAGGUGAGCGUGUCCAUGAAAUUUAACGGGAAGUCGGCCGUUCAGGUGCGUACUCCUUCUAACCUGGCGGACCUGGCUGCAUACACCUCCAUGAAACUGCACAUCAGCCCAUCUCAGCCAAAGCAGAGAAAACGUUCCACCGCUGAUUCAAACACACAGUUUGUCUUCUUCCUCGGCAAUAAAAAUUCCAACAAGGAGUUUUUGGGCAUGGUGUUGGAGGGGAAGAAGCUAAGCUGGUAUUUCAAUGUUGGAGAAGAAACUAUAAAGGUGAUAUCGUCUCAGGAUGCCCAAACUGAUGGAACAUUCAACAGUGUUGAUUUGGAUAGGAUUCUCCAGUACGGUCAAAUGUCCAUGUCUUAUUUCGUGAAAGAAGAUGAAAAGAUAUUCAAGGCCAAAGGGGAGGGCAAAGGUGAUAAAGGACUGCUCAACCUCCAAACCAACAACACAGUGUUCUAUGUUGGUGGACCCCCAGAUUCUUUCCAGCUUCCUGCCCCAUUUAACAAUUCAACUGGAUUUGAUGGCUGCAUUCAGCUGGAGCUGCUGAACCAGGAAGUAGUCAGUCUGUAUAACUUUGAAAAAGCCUUCAACCUCAACACUAAAACGGAGAAACCGUGCAGCAGGUCUUCGGUGGUUGACGGCGUAUAUUUUGAUGGAACCGGCUUUGCUGAGAUCAACUUUACGGCUAGUAAUCAACGUCAAGUGACCAAAAUUAUCCAGGACAUCACACUCCUGUCACACAAAGGAAUAUUAGUCUUCCUCAAAAAGGAGGCGAAGGUUUUGUGCCUGGCCGUACUUCAGGGACAGCUCCGUCUUUAUUAUGACUUCAACGGUACUUUGAUUGAACAUCCGCCUUUCAGUGACGAUUUGACACGGCUGAAGAUUAGUGAUGGAGAUUCAAAGACUCUGACCAUUACUUUGGUUAACACAGUCAAAUUAAAAAAGAUCCAAGUACAGAAGAACUCUGACCAAAUCUUUACACUAACUUUAACAGAAGACUUACCAGAUUUUAAUGAUAAAUACUAUCUGGGAGGAGCACCAGAGGAGGAGAUGCCUGAAAGUUUAAAGCAGCUGUUUUCAGCGCGCAACUCUGUGAAGGCCUGCAUCAAGAGCCUAAGGGACUUCGACGGUCAUGUCAACCUGAAGACCUUAAAAGCCGCUGGAGUCAGUUCUGGCUGUAACAGCGACCUGCUGGUCGCUCGGAAAGCUCAUUUCAGCGGGCAGAGCUACAUGAAAUUAGCCCCUAAUGAUGUUAGCAGCCAGAAUGACAAAUUCUACGCCAGCUUCAGCUUCAGAACAGAGCAGAAAAACGGACUCAUGUUCUUCCAUAAAGAUCAGGCGGGAAUCUGUCAAGUCUCUUUGCAGAAGGGCAACAUUGUGUUGAGGGUGAACAACUCGGAGGUCAAGACUCAGAAGACGUACAACGACAACAACAUCCACAAUGUUGCUUUCUACAUUGACCCCAAUGGGUUUUAUCUUUUAAUGGACGACGUAAAGGAGAGCAAUGGCGGUAAACCGAACAUAAAGCCGCUUGCUUACACGGGUCCUGAGGAUGUCACCUUCCUGGGAGGAUCACCUCAGGAAAACGUCGACAACCUCACAGGAUGCAUCAGCAAUGUCAUCAUAAAGAGGAGGAAAGGUGAUCAAAUGGUGGAGAACCUGCUGAAGGCGAACGAAAACGAGAAUGUUCUUCUGACCUGUCCAGCAGCUCAAAAACCUCAGCAGAUCAUCGCAUCGGAGCCGAGACGCAAACAAAAGGGUAAUCAAAAGAAGCCGUCGAAAUCUCGCAGCCGCAGUACCAGGGAGUCCUGCCAGGGGGAGCUGUCGCACCCCGAAAGCAGAGCGACGCACUUCAGUGGCUCCGCCCACAGCUACCAGAAAUACGAUCCAGUGGUCAGAACCAUUUCUCAUCUGUCGUUGGAGGUGAAGAUCAACUCCUCUGAUGGCUGCGUUCUGUACGCAGCCGGCAGGCAGCAUGGCGGAGCGGCCAUGUUGCUCAGCGUCCUGAAAGGUCACCUGAUCCUCUCGGUGGAGUCAGCCAGGAGUAACGUCAAAGUGCGCAGCUUGAACAAAUACGACGACGAGCGGUGGCACCCGGUUUUCAUUAAGCAUGAAGGGAAUAAAGUCAGUCUGACAGUGGAUGGCAUCAGCGGUCGAGCUAAGAGGAUAGCCGGAGGCGGAAAGAUCCGGAUCAGCGGACCGUUAUUCAUCGGAGGAGUCCCGGCCUCAGUCAAGCCGAAACGUUUUGAUGGUUUCAUCGGAUGCGUCAAGGACCUGAAACUGAAYGCAGUUCCUGCAGGAAGCCCAUCGUUCAGCCAGGGGACGGUUCCAUGCUUCCAGAACCCUCUACAACCYGGAGCAUACUUCUCCAAACAGGGAGGACACCUGAAGAUUGAUGACUCUUUGGUUCUGGGUCAGGACCUAGAGAUCCAGCUGGAAGUUCGACCCACUUCAGACUCUGGGCUGCUGUUGUAUGCUGGAACYUCAUCUGACCAAUACCUGAGCUUGUUCCUWAGCCAGGGAGAGGUGACUGUUUCAGUUAUCAGUGGCAAAGGUGAAUUCUCUACCUCGCUAAUGCCUGAAGAACCUCUGUGUAACAGGCGCUGGCACACAAUCAAAGUGGAGAAGAGGAACAACGUUCUGAAGUUGUUUGUGGAUGGAAGCGCCGAGAAGAGCACGGGCCCCAAACAGAACCGCUCUGCAGGGACCAAAGCUACCGUGUACGUUGGCGGUGCACCAAGUGGCGUC